AUGCCAUCCGCGACACCGGCCAUCUCCGCGCCAUCUGGGACCUCGGGUGGCGGCGGUGGCAGCUGCAACCCGAGGAAAUUCUUCAUUGGAUGGCUCCCGGGACACCACAGAUGUUUUGUAGAGGUUGCAGAUGAAUUUAUCAAGGUGGACAUUAGCGGUGUGAACAAGCGCGUGAUAAGGCUGUCCAACGUGCGGAAAAGUGAGCUAUAUGCACCUUUGAACGCGGAGCUCCUCCUGGAGCUUCAUCACAAGGCGGGUGAUGAUUGUGAAUCUAGAGUAGGUUCUAAUACCACGGAACAACAAGAAGCUAUAGAAGCAUGGCGUGUUGGGAAGCUCAAGGACAUGAGAAGUACAUCUUCUAAGAAUUUAUCAAAUUUUGGCCUCUCUAGUGAAGAUUCAAGGAUGUUAAAGCGAGCCUUGGAGUUUAACUGGCAAAUGCUAUUGGAGGACAUUGGUCUUUGGAUACCUCCCACUAUAUAUCAUAUCGAACAUGAUGACAAACCUGAGAAUGAACCAGAGGAUGAAGAGAUAAUACCAGGUCCACCUUUGCCCCCUGAAUGCAAUACUGAACUGCAUACUGAUUAUGGUGGCACUGCUGUUAGAUGGGGCUUAACACAUCACAAAGAAAGUGUCGCAGAUUGUUGUCAAGCCUGUAUAGACCAGGCUAAGAUGGCCAGACCAGGAGCCUUAAAGUGUAAUAUUUGGGUUUACUGUCCGUCUGAGUAUGGAUGCUACUCGCCAGACAAAUAUGAACACAAACAUCAAGAAUGCUGGUUGAAGCAGGCUGACCACCCUAGAUUAAACUUCAAAGACCGGUACCCUAAGCCAUACAGAGAUUCUCAUCCGACUGCCCCUGUUGUUGUGCCAUGGAUGUCAGGUGUCAUUACUGCAAUGUAG